CACCACAACACCCGACAACAGCUCAGCAGUUGAGAGUGAGGUCCGUCUGGUUAACAGAGGAACCAGUCCUGCUCUGGCAGAGUAGAGAUCUUCCACCGUGGACAGUGGGGACGGUGUGUGAUGAUCAAUGGGGCCUGGCUGAUGCUCAGGUGGUGUGCAGACAGAUGGGCUGUGGCAGGGCACCAUCAGUUGCCUAUUUUGGACAGGGCAGUGGACCCAUCUGGAUGGAUGAUGUCUCUUGCACAGGCAGCGAAUCAAAGCUUGGAGAGUAGGCACAGAGGUUUGGAUCACACAACUGUGGACACAAUGAAGACGCUGGUGUCGUCUGUGAAGCUGCUGCACCAGUCAGGCUGGUCAACUCUAAUAACCGCUGCUCUGGCAGAGUGGAGGUCUACCAUGAUGGUCGGUGGGCAGUGUGUGACGAUGCCUGGGACCUCAGUGAUGCUAACGUGGUGUGUAGACAGCUGGACUGUGGCCCUCCUCGUUCAGCAUUACUAAAUGCAACUUUUGGACAGGGCAGUGGACCCAUCUGGUUGGAUGAUGUUGGUUGUUCUGGCAACGAAAUAUCAAUAACAGAGUGCAGACAUCCAGGGCUUGGGGUCCACAACUGUAAUCACGUUGAAGAUGCCAGUGUCAUCUGUGAAGGUCAACCAGAAUCUAACAGCACAGUUGUACCCACCACACCUGUUACAACACCUGGGAACAUCACCAUCGCUGAAGUGACAGCUGACAUCCUCUCCACCACAACACCCGACAACAGCUCAGCAGUUGAGAGUGAGGUCCGUCUGGUUAACAGAGGGAACCAGUCCUGCUCUGGCAGAGUAGAGAUCUUCCACCGUGGACAGUGGGGGACGGUGUGUGAUGAUCAAUGGGGCCUGGCUGAUGCUCAGGUGGUGUGCAGACAGAUGGGCUGUGGCAGGGCACCAUCAGUUGCCUAUUUUGGACAGGGCAGUGGACCCAUCUGGAUGGAUGAUGUCUCUUGCACAGGCAGCGAAUCAAAGCUUGGAGAGUGCAGGCACAGAGGGUUUGGAUCACACAACUGUGGACACAAUGAAGACGCUGGUGUCGUCUGUGAAGCUGCUGCACCAGUCAGGCUGGUCAACUCUAAUAACCGCUGCUCUGGCAGAGUGGAGGUCUACCAUGAUGGUCGGUGGGCAGUGUGUGACGAUGCCUGGGACCUCAGUGAUGCUAACGUGGUGUGUAGACAGCUGGACUGUGGCCCUCCUCGUUCAGCAUUACUAAAUGCAACUUUUGGACAGGGCAGUGGACCCAUCUGGUUGGAUGAUGUUGGUUGUUCUGGCAACGAAAUAUCAAUAACAGAGUGCAGACAUCCAGGGCUUGGGGUCCACAACUGUAAUCACGUUGAAGAUGCCAGUGUCAUCUGUGAAGGUCAACCAGAAUCUAACAGCACAGUUGUACCCACCACACCUGUUACAACACCUGGGAACAUCACCAUCGCUGAAGUGACAGCUGACAUCCUCUCCACCACAACACCCGACAACAGCUCAGCAGUUGAGAGUGAGGUCCGUCUGGUUAACAGAGGGAACCAGUCCUGCUCUGGCAGAGUAGAGAUCUUCCACCGUGGACAGUGGGGGACGGUGUGUGAUGAUCAAUGGGGCCUGGCUGAUGCUCAGGUGGUGUGCAGACAGAUGGGCUGUGGCAGGGCACCAUCAGUUGCCUAUUUUGGACAGGGCAGUGGACCCAUCUGGAUGGAUGAUGUCUCUUGCACAGGCAGCGAAUCAAAGCUUGGAGAGUGCAGGCACAGAGGGUUUGGAUCACACAACUGUGGACACAAUGAAGACGCUGGUGUCGUCUGUGAAGCUGCUGCACCAGUCAGGCUGGUCAACUCUAAUAACCGCUGCUCUGGCAGAGUGGAGGUCUACCAUGAUGGUCGGUGGGCAGUGUGUGACGAUGCCUGGGACCUCAGUGAUGCUAACGUGGUGUGUAGACAGCUGGACUGUGGCCCUCCUCGUUCAGCAUUACUAAAUGCAACUUUUGGACAGGGCAGUGGACCCAUCUGGUUGGAUGAUGUUGGUUGUUCUGGCAACGAAAUAUCAAUAACAGAGUGCAGACAUCCAGGGCUUGGGGUCCACAACUGUAAUCACGUUGAAGAUGCCAGUGUCAUCUGUGAAGGUCAACCAGAAUCUAACAGCACAGUUGUACCCACCACACCUGUUACAACACCUGGGAACAUCACCAUCGCUGAAGUGACAGCUGACAUCCUCUCCACCACAACACCCGACAACAGCUCAGCAGUUGAGAGUGAGGUCCGUCUGGUUAACAGAGGGAACCAGUCCUGCUCUGGCAGAGUAGAGAUCUUCCACCGUGGACAGUGGGGGACGGUGUGUGAUGAUCAAUGGGGCCUGGCUGAUGCUCAGGUGGUGUGCAGACAGAUGGGCUGUGGCAGGGCACCAUCAGUUGCCUAUUUUGGACAGGGCAGUGGACCCAUCUGGAUGGAUGAUGUCUCUUGCACAGGCAGCGAAUCAAAGCUUGGAGAGUGCAGGCACAGAGGGUUUGGAUCACACAACUGUGGACACAAUGAAGACGCUGGUGUCGUCUGUGAAGCUGCUGCACCAGUCAGGCUGGUCAACUCUAAUAACCGCUGCUCUGGCAGAGUGGAGGUCUACCAUGAUGGUCGGUGGGGGACAGUGUGUGACGAUGCCUGGGACCUCAGUGAUGCUAACGUGGUGUGUAGACAGCUGGACUGUGGCCCUCCUCGUUCAGCAUUACUAAAUGCAACUUUUGGACAGGGCAGUGGACCCAUCUGGUUGGAUGAUGUUGGUUGUUCUGGCAACGAAAUAUCAAUAACAGAGUGCAGACAUCCAGGGCUUGGGGUCCACAACUGUAAUCACGUUGAAGAUGCCAGUGUCAUCUGUGAAGGUCAACCAGAAUCUAACAGCACAGUUGUACCCACCACACCUGUUACAACACCUGGGAACAUCACCAUCGCUGAAGUGACAGCUGACAUCCUCUCCACCACAACACCCGACAACAGCUCAGCAGUUGAGAGUGAGGUCCGUCUGGUUAACAGAGGGAACCAGUCCUGCUCUGGCAGAGUAGAGAUCUUCCACCGUGGACAGUGGGGGACGGUGUGUGAUGAUCAAUGGGGCCUGGCUGAUGCUCAGGUGGUGUGCAGACAGAUGGGCUGUGGCAGGGCACCAUCAGUUGCCUAUUUUGGACAGGGCAGUGGACCCAUCUGGAUGGAUGAUGUCUCUUGCACAGGCAGCGAAUCAAAGCUUGGAGAGUGCAGGCACAGAGGGUUUGGAUCACACAACUGUGGACACAAUGAAGACGCUGGUGUCGUCUGUGAAGCUGCUGCACCAGUCAGGCUGGUCAACUCUAAUAACCGCUGCUCUGGCAGAGUGGAGGUCUACCAUGAUGCGUGGGGGACAGUGUGUGACGAUGCCUGGGACCUCAGUGAUGCUAACGUGGUGUGUAGACAGCUGGACUGUGGCCCUCCUCGUUCAGCAUUACUAAAUGCAACUUUUGGACAGGGCAGUGGACCCAUCUGGUUGGAUGAUGUUGGUUGUUCUGGCAACGAAAUAUCAAUAACAGAGUGCAGACAUCCAGGGCUUGGGGUCCACAACUGUAAUCACGUUGAAGAUGCCAGUGUCAUCUGUGAAGGUCAACCAGAAUCUAACAGCACAGUUGUACCCACCACACCUGUUACAACACCUGGAACAUCACCAUCGCUGAAGUGACAGCUGACAUCUCUCCACCACAACACCCGACAACAGCUCAGCAGUUGAGAGUGAGGUCCGUCUGGUUAACAGAGGGAACCAGUCCUGCUCUGGCAGAGUAGAGAUCUUCCACCGUGGA